AUGCGGACGGAGGCACCUGUAACACCCAUCACCAUGGCAUCGAACCUCCCCCGUGAUUGCUGCGCCAAGACCUUUCUGCAUUCUGGUACUCCUACCGGCAAGCUCGAGACGCUAGACGGCGUUCUCACCUACGUUACCGGCGACAAGUCGUCCAAAAACGUUAUUAUUUUCUACACCGACGUGUUUGGCCCCGUGUACAAGAACUCUCAGCUUCUUGCUGAUAUGUACGCUCAGGAGGGUUACUUUGUAGUUGUUCCUGAUCUUUUCGAUGGCGACUACGUCCCGCAGAAUCUCGAGGGCUUCGACUGGGGCGCCUACAUGUACAAGCACCGCCCCGAAGUUGUGCAGGCCAUUACCGAGAAGACGUGGAAUUGGAUCAAAGCCAACACAUCUGCUAGCUUUGUCGGUACGUUGGGCUACUGCUUUGGCGCCAGAUCUGCUGUGCGGGACAUUGGCAACGGCAGGGCCGAUUCUUCGUCGAUUUUCCACCCGUCCUUUGUGACAAUCGAGGAGAUUGCCGCCAUCAAGGCUCCAUUGCUCAUCAGCGCUGCCGAGACCGAUGAGAUUUACACCGUCGAGUUGCGUCAAAAGACUGAGGAAAAGCUCCGGGAGAUCGGUGCACGCUACGUCCAAACUGUUUACUCCAAUACCAGCCACGGCUUUGCUUGCCGUGGUGACCCAUCUGACAAGCUGGCCAUGGCUGCUAUGGAGAAGGCAUUCUGGGACACCUGCUGGUGGUUCAGUUCUGCUCGCAAGUUCAAGAACAUGCUUUAA